AUGAAUCCAUUAGGUAUAGUGCUGUUGCUGUUGAGUGCUAUUGCUACGGCUAAUCCAUAUGUUGGAUUCCCAUUCAGCCAACAACUGCCCAAUAUUGCACGUGUGGGAGAAAAUUAUCAGUUCACUAUAAAUGAACAAACAUUCAAAUCAGAUUCUAAUUCACAAAUUACUUACAGUGUCUACGAAUUACCAAGUUGGUUGCAUUUCGACACCUCGAGUUUGACCUUCUCCGGAUUACCCUCGGAUGCAGACAAAUUGGGGACUAUCAAUUUCAUACUUGAAGGGGCUGAUAAUCAGGGAAAGUUGAACCAAUCCUGUUCAAUUGUACUAUCUGAUCAGCCGGCUCCGAUAUUGAACGAAAAGGAACUGGUUAUUCAACAAUUGGGAGACAUCGGCACAACCAACGGGUACAACGGUAUAGUGUUCAAGCCACAAGAACCUUUCAAGAUCACCUUCGAUAAGUCAACAUUCCAGAUCCCUUCAAGUUCCAGCAACCAUAUUGUGACUUACUAUGGGAAAUCUGCCAAUCGUACAUCGUUGCCGAGUUGGUGCUUCUUCGAUGAAGACAGUUUGACUUUCUCAGGUACCACACCUCCAGUGAAUUCAGUCAAUGCACCAAGCUUAGAAUUCGAUUUGACUUUAAUCGCAACCGAUUAUAAUGGAUAUUCUGCCGCUUAUACGGAUUUUAACAUUGUUGUUGGUGGCCAUCAACUGUUUAUCAAUGGCACUUAUAACAGCUCAGUCAUGGUCAACCCAGGUUCAAAAUUUGAUGUGGAUUUACCUCUAAAUCUCAUCUAUCUCGAUAACCAAGUCAUAGACACCAGCCAAAUUGAUAGAAUCGAAAAUUCAAAUGGCCCAAACUGGAUCCAAAUAACGGAUAAAUCAAAACUAGUUGGCGAUGUUCCAGAAGACCAAACGGAUAAUAUAGUCGCCAAUAUAACCCUGUUUGAUAUCUAUGGGGAUUCCGUUUUCAUGAACUUUGAUAUUAACGUGUUGCAUGAAAUCUUCAACGUUAAUUCGUUGGAUAAUGUGACUGUUUCAAAUGGAAAAUUCUUUGAAUACACAUUACCUGAUUCCAUAUUUCAUAAUAAGACGGCUACGGAAUUGGACGUUGUAUUCAGUGAUGAAUGGCUAACUUUCUACCACUCAAACAAUACAUUUAUUGGUAAGGUUCCCUCAAAUUUUCAAAAUUCCAAAAUAACUCUUAAUGCCAGUAUAAAUAGCUUAAAACAAUCUCUAAGUUUUUACCUUAUAGGUAAUCCAACAAAAUCAAGUUCUCUCUAUUCUUCAAAAACUUCCUCAUUUUCUUCAAGGACAAGUGGUUCCUCUUCAAGAAACAGAAGCUCAUCCACCACUAAAUUGUCGGUCUUGAAAUCAUCAUCAUCGCCAUCAUCAUCUGCAUAUACAUCAACAUCAGCUGGAUAUUAUUCGUCCUCCUCUUCACCGUCGUCAUCUUCUCUCGUUUCUCCUAUUAUGUCUAAAUCUUCCAAUACCAAAGGUUUGGCUAUUGGGUUGGGUGUUGGUAUUCCUGUUGGAGUUAUAAUACUGGCAGCCAUACUAUUCUUCUUUUGCUGUUUUAGGCGUCGGAAGAAUAAAGAUGAUUCGGACGUUGAUGAUACCAAUAAUGAUACUUACAUUAAUGAUAAUGAAAAGGGGUUCUUACCUAAAGAUAAUAAUUCGUUCCUUUCAUCGGAUACGCUGAACGGAUCUACCAAAAUAAUGGCUGCUAAUAACUUGAGUAAUCUAGAAAAAGACUCAGAUGUGUCUUCGUAUUACUCAACCAACCAAUCUACCUUAAAUGAUGGCACUUUAUAUCAAGCUGCUAAUACUCAGAUGAGUACUGACCAAUUACUGGGUAACGACAGUGAUCCAGUAGUCACAAGUAAGAGCAAUGCUAACAAGAGUGGUGUUUUUAAUUCAUGGAGGAAAUCAUCUUCAAAUCUGAAAACAAGGGAUUCACUGAAUUCUUUGGCAACUGUUGCAACCAACGAUUUAUUAACCGUCAACGUUGUAAACGAUGAUCGAGUCCGCAAGAGUCAAAUGAAUUUGCCUUCAAUAUCAAAACUCCGAAAUUUAUCUUCGAGUUCGAGUUCCCUAUACAACUCCUCAUAUACUAAUACACCGACAAAUUUGACAUUUUCGAAUUCAAGUUCAAACCACAAUAGUAAAGAAUUCAACUCAAAUUUAGAGACUCUAAGAGAAAAUGACUUGUCUAGAGAAAGUUCCUACAAUACUUUAUCUUCUAAUCCCCAAUUGGUUGAAUUCAAUGAAAGUGGUUCCCUAUCGAGGAAAAUUAUUCAAAGGGAAGAGAAGUCAUAUCAAGGUGAACUAUACAAUGUAAGUGAUGAUAUCAGCAACCAUUCUUAA